UUUGCAAAAAGUAGAAGUCAUGUGGAAACGGAGAUAUCAUAAACUCGUUUGGCUGCAGGGAGUAGCAGGGCAACGUCAGCUGAUACGAGUAUCAAAAAAAUUAUUAAGAUUAACAGUACAGCGCUUGUGACUGACUAGCAGAGACAAGUUGGAGUCGGCAAUCAGUUUGAAAACGACUUUCAUUCGCAACAGACAUGUAAACGGCAAGCAUUCAAUUACCUGAGACGAAGUAAAAUUUACCUUACAGUAAGGCAAUAGUAAGCUGAAGGAAAGUUCAAUGUAGGUGCAUUACAAAGCGUGGCAGCGAAAACUGCUAAGACCGAAUUAAUAACAUAUUUUGAAAACAAAGUGGAGGGUGAAAUAUAUAAGUGUGGAAAGCUGAGUGAUAGUGUACGCCGGUAGCUGCAGCAUCUCCAAAUGCUGGGUAAACAAUGGGCAAAGAGCCGAGCAAACAAACAAAUAAAUACUAGUUAAUGCUUUUGCGUUACAAAGGAACGUAUAGAAAAUAAAAGUAGAAAACUAAGAUUCCACAUAAUAUGUAUGUAUGUAGUGACAAAUAGAAGCAAAGGUGAAAUGUGCAGGUGAAUAGUGAAUUUUAGUCAACAAUUGAGAAAUGUUGCAUUAAGAAAGUUGAUAAUGUGUUCGAAAGUUCCCCAUUUGACUUCCCAGUGCAACAACUGGUGCGUGACAGCUGAAUUAAUCAAAUCAGCGCUGCAUAAUUGAUUAGGCUAAGAACUGUGAGAAUUUCAAUCAUAUACUAUGCAAAUGUAAUCGCCGCACAUUAUUUAAAAAACAAGACCACCUAAAAAUAUUUCAUGUAUAUGAAUAUUAGGCCAAAAAAAGAAAAAUAUAUUGGGUGUACACUUAGUAACCCAAAUUGGAGAAGUGCAACCAAGUUUAAAAACAUAUUUAUUGUUAUUGUUUUAUAAAACGAGGUCGUCAUAUAAAUCUAAAAGAAAUAUAGAAGCAAAAGGAAUAUAAGUUUUUAAAUACCUGGGGUGUUAACGAAAUGAAAAAAAUGAAUGCUAGUAAGUUGGACACAACAACAAUGUUGACAUCAUUGACAGCUAAUGGAACCAGUACAAAACUGGAACAGCACACCAAGCCCAUACUAAGUCCAACACGAUCCCUUGACGAAGGUUUUGAAAGUGAUCCGGAUCGGGUGUCUACCGAUUCGGAGCAUCAAACGAGUGGAACGAAUUGCAGUAGUGGUAGUAGCCAUAAUAAUAAUAGUCAGAACAACAAUAGAAAUAGUGUUGCAGAAAAGCACAAUAGCGGCUCGACACUAGCUCAGCUGUCGUCAGCGGCCACGGGAGGUCUAACAGCAUCGACAGCAUCAGUAUCAGCGUCACCAAUGACAACAAUAGCAAGCUUGACUGCCACAUCUAGCGUGUCCACAACGGUAGCUCAAAAGGCAAACAUAAAAACAGAUUUGCAUAAACUACGCUUGCUAACAAUGGUCGUUCCACCGUCUCAAAUUGCACGCCGACAACCGGCGAUUAGUGCGACACCUGCUGCAACUCCUGCAAACUCCAACAACUAUCAAUAUGCUGGUGCUGAUGCGAAGUCGACAUCCGACACGUCAAUGGAAACGUUUCUAAAAGACCAGCAUUUGCAACAGCAGCGACGUGGCUCAGCAGAGUCAGCGCACAAUAUCAACUAUCCGAUCGAUGUGACAACAUCAUCAUCUUCAACUGCUUAUGUCCCUAACAACAAUAAAAAAAAUUUACUUAUGCAAUAUCGUACUGGAUCCAACUUGGCUGCUCUCACCGCCAAUGUGGCACGCGCCAGCGGUGCUUUAACCAAAUCCACAAGCAAUGGCAGCGGCUCGCCGUUGCCCUCACAUCGUCUACAAUAUCAAAAGCAGCGUCAACCAACGGUAGCCUCUGCCGCCGGUCAUCAGACCGUACAUAAUCAUCGUUACGCUGCCAGUAGUACCGGCAAUGGAGGGGGCAUGACUAGUGGAUUUCGACGCGCACGCACUCGGGCAAUGUCUCCCGCAGUGGUAAAUAGUGUAUCAAGCAACAGUCAUGGCGUCAGCAACAAUACAGGAGCCAGCAUUGGUGGUAUGCAAGUUCACACUUCACGAAGCCAGCUUUUUUCACGCAACGCCAAUAUGCGUUCACAUUCGGUUGAUGCCGUUUCACGCCAUCGUAAUGGAUAUGACCCGACCAAUGCACUUAUUCUUAAGCAUGAAGGCAGUGGUGUCACAAGUUCGGGCAAUCAUAGCGUCCAUAACGCUGGUGGUUCCAGCAACACCGCCAGCAAUACACGAAUGAUGAACUACAAAUACUGUAGUGGGAGUGUGGGAACAGGCAACACGAGCGCUGGUCAACCUCUGCUAGUACAGCCUAUUUCUAGUGCAACUUUGUCGACGAGCACAGCAGCAGUUUCACUCCCAGCCGCUACUACAGUUCUUAAUCCAGCGAAUGCUGUUGAUGCCGCUGCUGCGUUGGUCGCAGCAGCUGGUGGAUCACCAGUUAUCGCUUCGGCCACCAACAGUCUGUACACGUUCUACCCAGCCGAAGGCAAUUUGCAAGUAUGGCAAUCUGAGUGCGGCAACCUCACGUACAAAUCAUCGCGCAAUCAGCACACGCACAAGGCGCCGGUUUGUUGGACACAAUCGAUACCAAGGCAAACAAGACGUUACAUUACUCCAGCAACCGCAUCCAACGGCAGUGGCGCUGCCAGUAUAAUCUAUCCCUCCACGAAUGGGCAAAUGUACAGGGUGAAUAAUGUACCGUUAUCGCAGGCAAAUGUUGUGAACAUUUCCUCUUGUAAUAACAAUAACAAUGGAAGUGCGGACAAUGUAGACGGUUAUCACAGCGAGAACAGCAUGGGUAACAGGGACAUAAACUCGCCGAGUGGAUUCUCACAAAAGUUAAAAGAAUUAGCGGCAUCAGCAGGCCUCUUAACAUUAAAGCCACGGCAUCCGCUGAAACCAGUAAUAAAGACGCGUGGCUCACCAGGAUCCGAAUUUCCGAAAAAGGUCACAUUCAGUGCCUUCGCUACCGUACAAGUAUUGUAGUGUUCAGGCAAAGCUAAGUCUUAGUUAUGGCCAAAAUGUUGGUUCGAAUGAUUCCAUGUGUAUAUGUAUGCAAAAAAAAACUUGAUUUUUAUUAAUUAACUUUCUGCUUUUUUCGUAAAGUUUGUUAUUCGUAAUUCUAAUUACACAAAACUUACAGGUGUACGACAUAUUGAUUCGAAGUAAAAGUCUUACGUACAUAUGUAAGUAUGUACUUACCUAUGUAUAAACAAAUUUAGUGAGUAAAAUAUAUUUGAAUUGUUUU